GGCGUCUUCCGGGAGCGUGUGCUGUGGGAGGAGCGGUCGCUGCUUGUUAGUCUGGGAAUGGUGCGGGUUCCUGGUUUCCUCUGAGCCACGCCCAGCUGGGACAGAUUCAGGCCCACCAGGUUCCUGGUAAGGCGGACAAACUGAGUAACAGCGUGUCCUGCUGAGUCUGUGCGAUAGAAGAAUUUUGUGGGCUGCUUCAGGACGAGUGUGGGGAGAGCCCCAGAGCCUCACCAUGUCUGGGAAACGGAAGCGAGUGGUGUUGACUAUAAAAGAUAAGCUUGAUAUAAUAAAGAAACUCGAAGAUGGGGGUUCUUCUAAACAACUGGCAGUGAUUUAUGGAAUUGGCGAGACAACAGUUCGGGAUAUAAGAAAAAAUAAGGAGAAGAUUAUAACUUAUGCAAGCAGUUCUGAUUCCACAAGUCUUCUGGCUAAGAGGAAGUCUAUGAAGCCAUCCAUGUAUGAGGAACUGGACAGAGCAAUGCUGGAAUGGUUCAACCAGCAAAGAGCGAAGGGGAAUCCUGUAUCCGGACCCAUUUGUGCAAAAAGGGCAGAGUUCUUCUUUUAUGCUUUGGGAAUGGAUGGCGAUUUUAACCCCUCUGCCGGUUGGUUAACUCGUUUUAAGCAGCGGCACAGCAUUAGAGAAAUUAACAUUAGAAAUGAACGAUUAAAUGGUGAUGAGACUGCCGUGGAAGAAUUUUGUAACAGCUUUCGAGAUUUCAUUGAACGGGAGAAUCUGCAGCCUGAACAAAUCUACAAUGCAGAUGAAACUGGACUCUUUUGGAAAUGCCUGCCUUCUAGGACUUCAGUAAUCAAAGGUAAAUGUACUGUCUCUGGGCACAAGUCAGUUGAAGAAAGAGUCACUGUCAUGUGUUGUGCCAAUGCAACAGGUUUACACAAACUUAAACUUUGUGUUGUGGGCAAAGCAAGGAAACCUCGCUCCUUCAAGUCAAUUGACACCUCAAACUUGCCUGUCUCUUAUUUCAGCCAGAAAGGUGCAUGGAUGGAUCUUUCCAUUUUCCGACAGUGGUUUGACAAGAUCUUUGUGCCGGAAGUUCGAGAACACUUAAGAUCCAAAGGCCUGCAGGAAAAGGCUGUGCUCUUAUUGGAUAAUUCACCAACACAUCCAAAUGAAAAUGUCCUUCGGUCAGAUGAUGGCCAAAUAUUUGCUAAAUAUUUACCACCUAAUGUGGCUUCCUUGAUUCAGCCCUCGGACCAGGGUGUCAUAGCAACAAUGAAGAGGAACUAUCGUGCAGGUCUUCUCCAGAACAACUUGGAAGAAGGUAAUGACCUGAAAUCAUUCUGGAAGAAGCUAACUCUGCUAGAUGCACUUUAUGAAGUAGCAAUGGCAUGGAAUUUAGUAAAGCCUGUUACCAUUAGCAGAGCAUGGAAGAAGAUUCUCCCUACCAUAGAGGAGAAAGAAAGCUUGGACUUUGAUGAAGAAGAUAUUUCACUGGCUACAGUGGCCACCAUUUUACAACACACCAAAGGAUUGGAAAAUGUGACUACUGAGAACAUUGAAAAAUGGUUUGAAGUGGACAGUACUGAACCAGGGUAUGAAGUAUUAAGUGACAGUGAAAUCAUCAGAAGAGCUCAGGGCCAGACAGACGAAUCCAGUGAAAAUGAGGAGGAGGAAAUAGAACUGAUUCCAGAGAAACAUAUCAAUCAUGCAGCUGCUCUCCAAUGGACUGAAAAUUUAUUGGAUUAUCUAGAACAACAAGGUGAUAUGAUUCUACCUGAUAGACUGGUGAUACGUAAACUUCGAGCCACCAUCAGAAAUAAACAGAAGAUGACCAACUCGAGUCAAUAAUAGCAUUUCACUGUUAUUGUUUUGGUGACUGUGUUGAUAACUUUUAACCUCUUUGCAAUAAUGGCUUUAUUUUGUGUGUGUUCUGAAUUCUCAGGCAGUCCUAUCAAAUACAGGUACAAAAAUGUGUCAAGUGGUUUGAGGAUUGUGCUUUGCAUCAUCUGUGUCUCUUGUCCUUUCACUUAUGCAGAUAAUUUGAAGCUGGUUCUGUAUGAAUAUAAUUUACAUGUACUUGUUUUCACUUUUGUAGAUCUAUAAUUAUUCCUUCCAUAACAGUGGCAUUCUCUAAAUUUUUUAGCAAAAAUUAACAGAUUGAGAGCAUUUUCCUAAAAUUUUUUGUUUGAUUUGUAACCACUGUCACAGUAAUCUUUUCUUGUGCUAACCCUCUUAAAUGGUUGUUUUGUGUAUCUGUAUAUGCUGAAAAUAUGAGGAAAUAUCUAUAUUAUAUUGCAGGAUGAUCUAUAGUAAUUCAAAAUGAAGUUCAGUAAUAAGAAGGAAACUGAUUUAUGAAUUCCAAUAAUAACUUAGAAAAAAUUUUGGAUGGUACUAGGGGGAGAUUUUUCUGGAAAUGGAAGUAAAUAUGAUAUAGGAAGUAAUUGCUCACUUAGUGAGAAAACUUGGAAAGCAGACAUAUAAAAGAUCGUAAUCUAUUUGUAGAAAACUGGAAGUUUAAAUUUGGGAAACUUUAUUUAUACAAAGGGAAGAAAUUGGGUUCUUUUAAUUGGGUAACAGUAUAAGUUUAUUAUUUAUUCAUCUAAUUAUACUACAGGUUUUAUGUUACAUGUGGUAUUGUUCUAUGAGCUCCCACCUUAUAUGUGGGGGAACAGCUUGGGAAUUUGAAAGUUAUUUUUCUUACUGUGUGCUUAAUAUUAUGUAAAAUUUGAAAAAAAACUUGUCAUACAUUCCCCUUUUAUUACAUUUCAAAAGAAAGAAGAAUAAAGUUUUUAUUAUUUUUAAUAAGCCAUAGAGAAUGACCUGCUUUAUGAAGAGAGCAGAAAUAAUUAGGGAGAGUGCCAGAUUCUUAGGAAUUUCAUCAUUUAUUAUUUUGACACUUGUAAAACAUUCUAGAAUUUAUCAAAAUUUUGAUAAAUUUGCUUAGUAAAUUUAGUAUGUUUAUUCAAGACAUGAAAAACAUUACUUAUGUGAGUAUUAAUUUAAUUUAUGAUUUAAAAGCAAAAUGUGAUAUUUAAUGUUUUGGCACUAAUUUUUUUAAGUAAGUUUUUAAAAAGUAGAAUUAGCCAUUUUUAAACUUUAUCUUGAAAUACUUUGCAAUUUUAUAGUGCCUUCUUAGAAUUCUAAAACUUCAGAAAGAUUUUUCACUUUCCAUAAUUUCUGUUAACUUCAUGAUAUAUGUCCAGGUUUUUUUUAAAGACAUGUCUGUGAUGAGAAUUUGAAAGUUGUUUGUGUCGCAUGAAUUGCCUCUGUGCACAGAGGGGGAAAAGCCUCAGAAGUUAAGAUAGAUAUUGAAGCAGAUUACAUCUUCUAUAAAUUACUCAUAUGUAAAUUGAUUUUUAAUUUCUCUAAAAUGAAAAUGCUAAAAAGUUUUUUGGAAUUUGUCUGGAUUUGCUCACUUUUAAAAUUAAUCUUGUCUGUGAAAUUCAGCUGUAUCAUUGCCACCUAGUGGUUAAAUUAACAACUGUUAAGCUGUGUGGUUUUAAACUUUAAUAUCUAGUAAAAGGUUCACUGUUUUGUGGCCUUGAGUGUGAAUCUUAUGACUCUUCUCUAGCCUGUGAGAGACUUUGCUUUCUUCGAUUUAUAGCUAUUUGCUCUUUUCUGAGGCUGCCAACACUGGUAGGCUAACAGUUCUCUUUUGGACUUUUCUAUCUUAAAACAAUUAUAAAAACUGCCAGUUAUUGAAUAUUAUAUUGUCCUAAGCAGUGACUUAUAUAAUCCUCAAAUUGUGAAUUAGGAGGAAAUAUUAAUGCUCAGCUCACAUUCUUUAAUUGCUGAAGAUCACCACUUGGUUACAGGUAAGAAUUUAAACCCAGAUGUUUGAUGCCAAAACCUGCACUUAUACAGGGUCCAGCAGAAGUAAGGCUUGCCUGAGUGUGGUUGGUAGGGUAUUUGAAUGUCUUGGAAGAGAUGGACAACAAUUUGAACAUUUCAUAGAAAAUGUCGUAGGGUGUGCUUGAGUGUAAUGUUAUUAUGUUACAGAAUUACAUACUUAAUGAUUUUGUAAUAAAAGAUUUUGUAAUGAAAAAUAGGGGCAUUAUUUGUGCCAGACCCUGUAUUACCCAGCCUAGGCUACCGCUUACCCUUUUCAAAUCUUCAACAUUUAUUCCUUGCCACCACCUCUACCACAUGGUACAAUUAACUGAAUUUACUUAACUAUUUUCCAGUGUAUUUGUGGCAGCAACUGCCUAUUCCUUUACCCUUUUAUGAGAUUGGUCUUCCUUUUUCACAACUAUGUAGUGUCUGUAUUUCUCUGUUUAUCCACAACCUAACAGCAUUUGAAACUUGGAUCAUCUGCUUUCUGGUUAGCUCUGCUCAAUAAGCACUUCCCCAAUUUAAAACCCACCACUGGGGAAAAGUUCAGCAAACAUUAUUUCUCUUUAGUUCAUGAGGCAAUCUCAAAGAGUUGGCACAGUACAGUACUAACAUGAAAGUCUUGCUGGACCAAAGAUACCAGAAAGCAUUGUUACCAAAAGCACAUGAGUAUGUAUAUACUCAAAUCCACAGAGAUCAAAAGGAACAAAUCAAGCCCCCAAACAAGAUACGGGGAAGAGAACAAAGGUUAGUUUCAAGUAGGUGGCUAAAAAAGGAAAAAAAAUCAAGGGAAAUAUGGCUUGCACGGAUGUUCAUUUAAUACCAAAAUAGUGGUGUGAUAUCAGCAUCCUAGCCCCAGGCUUACUAGUAUGUGCUGCUCAUUCAUAGAUGGUCCCUGUAGUCCCCCUUUGUUUUCCCUCUUUCAGUUAUGUGAUUUUAAGAAGUUAGUGCCACACUGAAUGUUUCAUCAGUAGUUGGAAACAUGUAAUGGCUCAUACCAGAAGAUGCUUGUAUCUGCUGCAAAGUCAUAAAUUCUUAGUUUGCAAUUUUUAUUCCCUUACUGUGCCACCAGAAGUUCUGUUUGGCUUUCCAUUUCUCCACUGAAUAAUUAGUCAUAGACAUAUUCUCUGACCAGUCUUGCCAGUUUUCUCCAUUGGUGAGCCUUGAUACAUCUCUCAGAAAAACAACUGUACAUUAAAAUAUUCUUCAAAAUACACUCUUAGUAGCCAAGAAUUCUGUAAGAGUAGGUUUACCUGCAGAGGUUGUAGAAAAUUGGAAACUUGCUUUUUAUGAGAGUUUUUGGGCCUUUUGGGAGUAGAUGGGUGAGGGAAGUGGAAUUCUUUGCCUGUUUUAAAUUUAGUGAAUCAUUCUAAAGAGUCUUGCAUAUACAUGAAUAGUUUUGAAUACUUCUCUAAUGUUAGAAAUUUGCAUUACAUGUUGCAUGUUAAAAUAAAUCCCCAUUUUAACCUUCAAAAACAAUGAACCAAGAACUUGUUGAGUGUUACUGUAUGUGUAAGACUACUGAUGGUGGCUUUGGGAAAAUAUAAAAAAGUGAAGAGUGGUUCUUGUCUUUCAGGAUCUUGAAAUCAAGGUGGAAAAAUAACACUUGGAAAAAAAACCAUCUGGUUUCAUUGUAAGCUCAUACAGAACAGCUAUCAAUGUGAUAAGGAUUAUGGAAGGAAACAACAUGAUGUAUUUUGCUUAUUCAUCCCUUUGCUGGCUUCUCUAUACAUUUAAAACUUUUUUGUUUUCUUUAGUUUUUACUCCUCUUGGGUAUCCAUUUCCAUCACCUGCAUGCUUAUGAUCCCAAAUCUAUCUCCAGUCACUCUUCUGAAGUCUAGAUCUGAAUCUUCAAUUGAGCAGCAGGGUUUAAGUUCGGAAGGGAAAUUAAAGUUGUCCGUUUCCCAUCUAUAGCAAUCUCCUCAUCAGCAUCCUAAUGUCAGAGCCAUCUAGGUGGGCUAGGAUUUAAAUGAAUGCCAAAUUAAGUUUAUCUACUUCAGUCUGAUGUGGGAAAAAAAGGUAAUUAUCUCCUUUCUUACGUAUAUCUCCUCUUCGUUAGCCUUUUCCUGAUGUACACAUAUGCCCUUGACUCUGAUCAUUCCUUCCUAUGGACAGCCACAAGUGGCUUCUGGUUUUGGUACCCUUGUUGCUGCUCAAGGAAAAUUUAGUUUGUUGUGUUUAAAUCCCUAACCUCCUUAAAAGUCCUUCACUUAAACUCCCAGGGGUGUCCAACCUGCAGCUUGCAGGCUGCAUGCAGCUCAGGAUGGCUAUGAAUGUAGCCCAACACAAAAUUGUAAAUUUACUUAAAACAUUAUGAGAUGUUUUUGUGAUUACGUGUCACCAUGUAUUUAAUGUGUGGCCCAGAGAUGCCAAAAGGUUGGACGCUCCUGUGAGGAGACCAACUACACUAUUUAGAAUUGUCCUCUCCUCUGUUUUUCCUAUUUAAGGGGGCCGUCAAGUUUACACAGUAACUAAUCUCAUGCAAUUAGAAGCUGGAAGUGAAAGAAUGCCCAAAGGGUAGCAGUCUUUGGGGACAUCUGAUAAUGUGAAAACUAAUUUCUAAGGUCUCAGAUUCUCUAAGACUUGUAUCGUGAAGUGUUUUUUUUGUGACAUGUGGCUUUUAAUAAUGGACUACGAGAUCAAGGACCAUGGAAUCAAUGUUUUACAAUAUACAUUCAACAAAUGUGUACUGAACAAAUACUAAUUGUACACUGUAUGAAUAAGGCAUUAUAUGGGAUACAUGAGUAAGAUUAUCUGCAUACAAAUAAUAUACAGUGGAGAGGAAGAGACUUCAGGAAGAAUGAAUUAAGGGUUACAUAAAGGGUGCAAAUAAAAGACUCAUUGAUUCGGGUAUGAGUGACAUAAGAUAUGAGGAAUGGAAUUAUAAACAGUUGAGUUGAUCUUAAAAAAUAACAAACUUUCAUGAUUUGUUGUGUUCAGUUAUUGCCAAAUGUCCUCUGUGGAGGACAUCCUCAGUUGGGAACUAACUGCUAUAAACCUUCAAGCACACAGGUAUUAAGUCCACUUUCCAAGUUAUCGAAGGCAAUAUUUUAAAACCUUUUUACCACUAUUCCAUCUUUCUAGCCUCUGAUAGUAAUUUUCCUGAUGCCUGUUUCCUGAUCACAAACUGAAUGCCAGAAAUUUGAGAUUUUUGUCAUGGCAACACCCAUAGAUAGGUACAAAUUUAUCUCUUGAUCUGGCUAAUUUAUAAGCCUCAGAAUUUUAGAGUUUUAUAAUAAAUGCAUUUCUCUCAGAAGUCUUGUGAUGACAUAGGACUUGAUCAAAGCACAAUUUUUGCUCAAGUGGUGAUUCAUUGGCCCAGACUUCUUCCAUCUUGUGAUUUUUGCAUUUGCUGGAUGCUUAGAGUCUUCUACAUCCAGUUAGAAAAUAGGAAAAGUAAUAAUGAAAAAAAUUACACUACUUUUUAAGUUUCUUCUUUCAGAAGUGAUAGAUAUAUAAUUUCAGUUCACAUUCUAAUGAUGAGAACUAAUCACCUGGCCCUGCAUUAAUAGAGGGGGUUUUGGGAAAUGAUUCCCUAGCUUGUUAGGGGCUUCCUACUGACAACUUUAUACUAUGGUAGGAGAAGGCACAAAUUUUAUUGAAAGUCUUUUCUGAAAUAAAAAUAAUGGCAGUUAUUCCCAGAGAAUCAUUUACCCUUCCCUAAUCUUUACUGAGUUUGUAGUCUUUUAUGGAUGUGGUACUCUUCCAACUUUUGGUCAUUCUUAAUUGUAAUUCCUUACUCUACAGCUGAAAUUGUCUGAAAGACUAUGGUCUCUGCUUAUACAGCAUAUGUUGUGGAGAGUAUGAAAACAUUGGCUAAGGUUUGGUGGGGAGUAAAGAAACAUUGGCUAACAUUUGGUUGGAGCCAUUGAUAAUGAGAAUAAGGUAUGGGCAUUAUAUCCUGCCAGAUAGAGAAUUUGGUAGUGUGUUUUCUGAGGGUGGAUACUGCAAAUCCCUCCUCAUGUUACCAGCUACCAGGGACAUUGUCCUGUGAUUACCUCAAGCUCUGCUUCUGUCUGGAGAGGGGCCUCGUUUUUUUCUUGUGACUAGCCUGCAAGGUGGCAGCAUGUGUCUGGAUCCUUGCAUUAGGCCCCUUGUUGGUUACACUAUAUCUGGACUUCUUCCAGCUUUCACUCUUCAUUAUACAGAACAUGAUUUCCUCACAGUUUAUGGUCCUUCAAAAGUUCACCUUCCUCUUCUGAGGAUGGCUAUACUGUACUUGCUUCAUUUAAAAGUAUAAAUUGUCUAUUUUUUAUAUGAAUGAUCGAAGAUAAAAAUAAAGCAUCUGCUGUCUCCAUAUAUCUUGGUAUCAGAAGUCCCCAGUGUUGGGAACCU